UCCAUACCCUAACAAAGAGCUAAAUACCAAACAGCGAAGAUGGGCGAUAAAGGACAACCUUCGAAUUAUCCACCACCCCCACCCCCGGGGUACUCUCAGCCCCCUCCUGCCUAUGGACAACAGCAAACUACUGUGGUCAUGGCAGGCCGACCAGUGAUGGGGCAUAUCUUUCGGGAGACCUCGGUCCCUAUGCAGUGUCCCUAUUGCCAGGCCAACAUCACGACAAGCACGACCUAUGAGACAGGAACACUGACAUGGAUUAUCUGUGGAGUGCUCAUACUCUUUGGGCUAUGGCUUGGUUGCUGCUUGAUUCCAUUCUGUAUCGAUGGCUGCAAGGACGUCAUCCAUACUUGUCCAAAUUGUCACCAAGUUGUGGGCAAAUUCAACCGGAUGUAGUAUGGAGUCGAGCACUGCUGACACGUAGAGGGCUACUAGUAUUUUCUAACAUUCACAUGUAAUCCCGGUUUUUGUUCUUUAUACGGAACUCAUUUUACUGUAAUAACUUUGGGGUUUUUUUUAUCAAGACUAUCAAUUUUAUUUGUAUAUUUCUACUUUUAAAUCCAUUUCAAUUCUACAUUGUAUAUAUAGAAGUAGUUUAUCAUGUGAUUUCAGUGUUUUUAUUUUACAUUACCUCAUCUCGUAAAUGUAUACCUUUUCUGUGAUUUAAGCAAAUUUUGAUAUUGAAGCAAAUAUUUUGAUUAUUUCAAAUGUUACAUACAUGUAUAUAUGUUAGAUACGCAAACAUCUCGUCCUGUUGAACUUGUGUGGUAUUUUUAAUCCGUUUAUGUUUUAAACAAUUUUUAAUUUUCUUAACAUCUUCUACUUUGCAUUUUGCUUUUAGAUUUUAAAAUUAAUUUGAUGUGAUGUGUUUAAAUAUUUUAAAAUUAAUAAAACAACAGUCCAUUUUUCA